CCGUUUUCAGUGCGUUACUUCCGCUCGAGAGAAAAUGCCAGAGAUGAAUCGUUAGGCAAGAAGCUAGCUUUUUGUCAAAUAUAGCCUAACGCCGAUUUUCUUCUCGAAGUAUUUUUCGUGUAACAGUUUGGUGUUCGUUUGAAGUUAACAAGAUGGCCAACUAUAUGAUGUUGAAAAGGAACCAGUGCACCUUAAUGGAAUAUCUUAUUCCUCAAAAUGGAGUCUUGGAGGGACCAAUGCACUACGGAUCGGGAAAUUCCUCUCCGCAGAACGCCACAGGCUCCUCUAAAGACUCUAGCAACGGGAUUGUGUCCAAUGGUACCCCCAAACGGCCGGACAACCUCGAGGUAACGUCAACAAACGGGUAUAAAACAAAAGCUAUCCGGGACCGGGAGGAAGACGGUUCGUUGCCGAGCACCCCGGAGUUUCAUUCGGACAGUGAAUCCGACGAGCAGCUGGAGAGAGAAACGAAACUCCUUAUUCACAGUUUUUUGGGUGACUUUACUGGACUUUCUCAGCCUCAACGAAAAGAAACCAAAGCACUAAAGACGAUGAAAAGAGUUGUUGCGGACGUAUUAGAAAAGCACAGAUACGCUUACAACGGAAUGAUUAAUAAAUUGUCAUUGGAUGAAAGAGACGAGGAUAUGUCAUUUGUCGGUGCUGUAGCGAAGAGCCUCUUUGGAGACCACACGACCAACUGGGGUCGUAUUGUCAGCUUUAUGGCCUUCGGGGCAGUGGUCUCUCAGCACCUGAAGGAAAAGGGCAGGGACAACUACGUGGCGCUAGUGAGCCAAGAGAUUUCUGCAUACCUGCUGUCUGAACAGCGAGACUGGAUUGUAAAAAACAAUGCAUGGGAUGGCUUUGUGGAGUUCUUUCGAGUAGCAGACCCUGAGUCGAUAGUCAGGCACACGCUCAUGGCCUUUGCUGGAUUUGCUGGUAUUGGGGCAACACUGGCCCUGUUGAUCAGGUGAAUUUGAUGGACACUGAGCAGCAACCUUUUUUUUUUUUUUUUUUCUUUUCUUUUUUCUUUUUUUUUCCUUUCCCAUUGGACACCUUUUCAAACCGCUUUCGGGAGGUGGAAUGGACAAAAGGAAAAAAUGUUUCAGAAAUACAUUAUUUAAUUCAGAAGUCUAUUUUUGCUAAAAGAUGUCAUAAUAAAAAGGAAAAAGACAUUUUUUUUCCUUUUUUGCUAGUCUUUUUUUAAAUGAUUGUUUACUCACUAUAUUUUGUUGUAUAAUGCUUUGGUGGCAGUGGUUUGUAAGAAUGACCCAGAUCAAAACUAGGAAGCGAAACCUGCAUGAUUCCAGUUUCCAAAAUCCAUUCAGAUCUUCUACAAUCUUUUGAGGAUAUCUGAAGUCAAGAGUGCUGGAGGAGGUGGAUUUUCAUGAGUGGCAGUACUUCCUGAUUAUGAAAAUGCUGGAACUGUACUAGGAGACAAGACCAACAACAUGGACUUUUGACUGUAAAAGGAUUCUGGAAAUUUUGAAUCUGUUGAAAAGCUGAACAAGGACUAAGAACAGUUGGGGGGGGUGGGGGGAGGCUGAGGCUAUGUGCUUGAACAGAAAGCAGUCUAUGAUCCAGCUGUAAGCUACAACCCUGUACAGAUCAAUUAAAGAUAUUUAAUUUACAUAGUUUGGCCUUUUCACACUCUUUGCUUAAAGGAAAUUUGCAAAAGCAGGAAGUUGGUUAAAUCUAUGCUCGUUAGUUCUAAUGCUGCUUAUUUAGGCCUGUGCAGUAAAGUUGACACCUACACAUUUGUUAGCCUUUAUACAGUCACACCACAACCCAAAUGCAGCACAAUGGCUGCCAUUUCCUAGAAGUUUUAGGCUGCAGCAGCACCUUCCUCACACUAAGUGCUCAGCUGCAUCCGCACUUCUAGGUGCAUCUGUAGCAAAUUAUCUGCAAAGAGCUGGUGCACAAUAACUGAAUUCAACAAGCAGAUUGUGAAACUAGGCUAAAGGAGUUCAUAACAUCCUGAAAUUACAUAACAUUGUCUACUUCCUGUGUUUUUAGCUACCUAGAGACUAGUGACUUAUCACAUAUGGCACAUUUGAUUGGGUCUUUGCAUUUUUAAUGUCUGGGUAUAUUUUCAUGCGUUGAUGCAGUUUAUUCCAGUUUGUCUUUUAACUGCACACAUCUUUAAAGUCUUUGCCAUCCAGGAGGUUUCUAAAGUACACUUGACUUCUACGGUGUUCUGCUGCUGUUUUGUUGAAAGCAAUCCUGAUGCGUGGCUUCACCCAUGUUUGUUCAGAUCCUCCUGUUGUCUCGGGUUACAGAACAAACACUCACUCAGGUCUCAGGAAGAAAUGGAGAGUGUCUCGCCAUGGUGAUGAUCCACAGCAGGCCUACCCUAGUCUUCUCCUGUGGCUAAUGUUAUCUACCACCCAGGUUACCCCUGUAGUUAACAGUGAAGAACAGACUGGUAGACAAUAGGGAAUUAAGGCUGAGGUAAUUUCAUAGAGAAGUUUGCGCAAUACCCGAAUGGACUGGGUAUGCAGAAAAAGCUCUGCAGUGUGAAGCACACAAUCUUUAAACAACCUUGAGACUGGUAACUAGGAAGUGUGUGUGUGUGUGUGUGUGUUUCUCCUUCUGAAGGACUAAAGCUGUUUUCCAGCGGUAAGAAGUGGAAGAUCCGAUAUAAAAGAGCAAAAGUGGUGUGCACAAAAAGAGGGAAGCACACUGUCACUACAUAUUGGCAAACCAAUUCUGAAAAUGCCAGUAAUUUAGACAAAUGUAGAAACAAAGAUUUUGUAUUGAACUGAAAAUGAAACAGUUGCUGAAAUGGGUGUUGUGCUUGCAAAUUUCAAAGUCAUUGUGGUUUAUACACUGGGAUAGGUGGUCAGUUGCAGCAAAGGGAAGCUGUAAGAUGAAUUCUGUGACAGUCUCACAAUAUACCUUUUUCUGUUUUUUCUUAAACUUUUUAAUUUUCCAGCUGCAUUAGUUACGUUCAGAUACAAUAGUGAAGCUGUAAACUGAAAAAGCUCACUCCAACACAUCAGCUUGAAUUCCUUUCGUGGGAUAGUUUGAGGAGUGGUUUAGAAACCUUUGUCUGCACAUACCAUCACAGAAACUACCCACGCAGAGAGAUAAAAUGGUUGGGUCUAAUCUGUCUUUACUCAGACUGCAGAACUCUUCUGGAUAUCAGUCAAUAUACCCCCCUUUGACAUUUAAAACUAGUGAUUUUGGUCUGCAGCUCAUUAGGUUUUUGUUUUAUAGUGCCUCUGAUAAGGCAGUCUGCCUUAACUCCCAUCAGAGAUAUUCAAAAGUAAACUUCAGAAAAGUUUUGGUUUCAAGUCCAACCCAUUUCAGUUGCUCAAGUGUUUCUUUUGCAAUUUUGAAACAUGAGCCUGAGGACCUGGCAAAGAUGGUAUUGGUUAAGUUGCUCUACUUCCUCAUAGCAACAGCCCGCCCCUUGAUUUUAAAAUAAGCAGUGUUUCUGAGAAGUCAGCUGACGCAGAAGUUAAUCUUUAACGACGCUGCACACUGUAGAAUUCUGAGAACUCUGACCCUGAGAUACAAAGAUAGGCCCAGUUUUCGCAGUUUGCUUUAACACUGCGUAAAAGGGGAGCAAAAUUUGUUAGAUUAAAAAGUUAAGUGCUUGCAUGCCCUACUAGCCACAAAGAGACAGAACAAGAGUUCAGAGCUGCUUCACUGGUGCAGAAUUAGAGGCUUGCACUGUUUACUUUAAGGUUUGAGAGGAAACUUUAAUUAAACCUUUGACUAAGUCUGUGCUUGACUUGAAGAGAACCUGUUUAAAUAACUGUGCAAAGUAUCAGCUGAUGGCUCUCCCUUAAUGGCAGGAGUUCCUUUGAGCUAAACAAGUUUAAAUAAAAUGUAAAUGGCCUGUAUUGAGUGCUAGAUCAAAUCCUAGUUUCUACACUACAUUUUGCAGACAUUAAAGCUAAACAUUCACUCUGUUACUUUUGGUGGCUGGGGCCCGUUCACAGCCUUUAUCUCUGCUGACACUAGUGUCCCACGCUUCUUUGGAAUCUGUACCUAUAACUGGUUUGCCCAGAAGAGAAACGCCUGUUGAAUGCCAUUUAUGCAAAAAGCAGACAUGUGCAUGCACAUUCUCUCUGAUAAAAGCAGCUACAAACCUGUCCUUGUUAUAACUCACACAAGCCUUUCAUUCAUGCUCAGUUACUUAUAAAUGGAUGUCAAGAGUCUGUUUGUUUCAUUUAUUAUUUUUUACAGAAGCAAAGAGUACAUAUGAUCUGUUAUGUGCUCGUUGUGCAAGAAACCUGCCAUGAAAAUAUUGAAACCACUUUGUGUCAUAUAGUCCACAUUGCAACUCAGUGCUACUUAGAUGACAUUGCAAAACUUUAAGGACAAAUUACAGUUCUAUAGAUUUACAGACAAAUUUAUGAACAACUUUAUUCAUAUGACUGUUCAUUAGCGAUUGUUUUGCACCACAAUGGUUCCAUGAUACUGGACUUCACUACAUCACACUCUUUUUUUUUUUUUUUCUUCUUUUUAUGAUAAGAUGGUUGACUUCAGUUCACCUUACACCCAGUGGAUACCUGCCACCUCGAGUGUCAGAAAGUAGAAACGUUGCUGCAGUCUUUUUUUUAAUGUGGUAUUGUUAGAGGAGAUACUAUACAACAGUUGCAACAACAACAAAAAGAACUUGAAGGAUGUAUCAGAAUCUGUGAAAGCCCCUGCCUGUGGCUAAUAUCUCAGUCUUCCUAGGUAUUCCUGAAUGCACCAUUGUAAAGCUCAGCUUAAGUAAUUAGCUGAUUCGGUGUACCUGGUCUGGAAACAGAAUAAAGCCACUCCAGUUCAGAAGUAAGUCCCACUCAUUCUGACUUCCCAUUUGGCAUUUCUCCGUCCAUUGUUGCUUUUUGUUAAUUAAGCAUUCAAAUAUAAAUGAGCCAUCUACUGCUGUGUCAGAUUGCCAUAUUGUGUGUCUUUGGGUUUUCAGCUUUAAAAUUCUAUUUUUCUCCUGUCUAAUCAUACUUGUGUGUUCUGUGGUAGGAACUGUUCAUAGAUAUGAGUGUCUUGCUCCCAUGCAUUUCCAAAGCCUUUUUAGCAUUGUUGUUGGAAGCGGCUAUUUCGGGAUGUAGAUAAAGGAAACAAUGUCUUUAAAUAGAAGUCUGUUUGUUUUUAAAUAAUAAUUGCAGACCAGAGGUUGUGUGGUUUGUAUUCGUCAAUGGCUCAGCCUGAACCUUUGAACAUCAAUCUCUUCUUGGUGAGGUGAUACUUAUCUCAGAUCAAAUUUGGAUCCACUGGGUGACGUGUCAUGUUCCUUCCUGAGUGGAGUCAUCUCUCCUCCUGAAACUUUAUUCUUUGACUUGACUGAUGACCAUAGUGCAGUAUUAUCGGCUUAUCCGUGUUGGCAGUUAUGACAUACAGGCUGGACUCUUGUCAGUUUCUACUGCAGUCCUCAGUUUUCUUUUGACACCCUGUACGUUUAAACUGUGUUCAUACCUUUUUCUUUAAAAA